AUGAGUUCUGAAGAUUCAUGGCUCAAGAAUCUAAAACGUGAUAAAGGUGGUUUCUGGGGUGAUCCCUAUUGGUACGAUCUACAGCUUGAAAAACGUCUUCCACAGGCCAAAACAAUGCUCCAGCAGCUAGUGUUUGCUCUUCCUCCAUGUGGUGAUAAACAGGUACUAGACCUUUGUGCAGGAAGUGGACGCGCUGCAUUCGCUUUGUUGAAGGCGUAUCCAACGGCCCAUGUAGCUCUUGUGGACGCAUCAGAACAGCGGUUGUCAAUGGCGCGUCAACGUUUGGCACCACAUCACGUUGUUUCUCACGUGAUGACGCUGACACCGAGUGACUCAAUACAGCUUUGUGCUGACGAGUCCAUGGACUUGGUUGUAGCAUGUCUAGCUUUUCACGUGCUGGUGGAACAGCCUUUGCAUUAUGCACAAACACGAGAUGAGCAAGAACUUGAUGUGAAGGAGAAAUACCGCGUUUUCUUCCGAGCAACGUGGCGUGCAUUGCGUCCUGGAGGACAUAUUGUGUUUGCAGACCAUGUGGGACAACUAUCCAUGUUUCAGCAGCUCCAAGCUCUCAAGAAAGCGGGUUUCCAAGAUGUUGACAGUGCUUGGAGAGUAGAUGACUCGUUCGUCGCAGGCGGACGUAAACCUUUGCUUGACCUCUUGCUUGCUUGA